CUGAAUUUUGAAUUUUGAUUUCACAAAACUAUGGCAUGGAUAUUUAAGUCUGAGGUCUCCACUGCAUAAUAUUUGUGCCGGUUUAAAAAAAUCUGAAUAAGCUCCAGCAACUCAUCGAUGUCUUCAUCUUCCAAGCUUGUCUUGUAUUCUUACUGGCAGAGCUCGUGCGCUUGGCGCGUCCGCUUUGCUUUGAACAUCAAAGGACUUGCUUAUGAGUAUCGAUCAGUCAACCUUAGAAAGGGAGAGCAGUUUAGUCCAGAGUUCAAGAAAUUAAAUCCUCUUUGUUUUGUUCCGGUGUUAGUUGAUGGCGAUAUUGUGGUUUCAGACUCUUUUGCAAUCUUACUGUAUCUGAACGAGAAGUAUCCUCAAAAUGCAUUAUUGCCUUCUGAUCCUCAACUAAGAGCUCUCAAUCUCCAGGCUUCAAAUAUUGUUAGCAGCAGUAUGCAACCUCUCAUUAUGCAGUCAAUUCUGAAGUAUAUUGAGGAAAAAUUUGGUCCUGCAGAACGACAAUUAUGGGUUCGACAUAAUAUAGAAAAAGGUUUCCAAGCUCUUGAGAAGUUGCUGAAAGAUUAUGCCGGCACAUACGCAACAGGAGAAGAAGUUUAUAUGGCUGAUGUGUUUUUGGCUCCACAAAUUGCUGUAGCUGAGAUGAGGUUUAAUAUUGACAUGUCCAAGUUCCCUACUUUGAAUGGGAUAUACAAGUCAUGCAAGGAUUUGCCAGAAUUCCAAGCCUCUGUGCCAGAAAGACAACCCGAUGCUGAACUGUAAUGGCACUCACUGGUGUCUGCUCUAAUUUAGACUAGGGAUCCUUUGAAAGGUUCUUGUAUUUUUAUUUUUUACAGACUGAUUAGGGUUGUGUUAUGUGAGCAAUGCAAUAAUGGUAGUGGAGAACCAAACCAUGUGAGAAUUGGAAGCAUUCUACCAGCUUAGGCCAAUCUCAGUGCUUUGUGGUUGAAAACAGGUUCAUGGGUUUUCUAUAAAAGAAGAUGUUUGAUUGGCUAACAAGUGUGCAAAAUU